AUGCCCAAGAGUGUGGGAUGUUUCGUGGUUUUAUUUUCCGUCACGUACUCCACGGUGGCGAUGAUCUCUUCGAUGCUGGCACCGAUCGUUGGCGACAUUCGUCAUCAAAGUGAUAGCCAUUAUCUACGCCAUCAUCAUAUUCAUCAUUCGACGGAAAAUCAUCUUUGGCAGGAUCAUGUGGACGAACGACAAUUCUACGAUCAUCACGCAACUGCCCUGCAGUCCUUGUCAAUAACAACGUUGGAGUGGCAAAUCAUUCGAGAUGAUUUUGACAUUUUCCAAUUGCCAACCGCCAAUCCUAGUACAAAUAAUCAAACGUUUGAUUUGGUACAAUCCGACAAUCUGUGUACAUUGGCACGAGCCUACGAAACCUAUCGCGGGUCUCCCGUCGCCCAGGCGAGACCGCAUGUGGCGUGGUGGCGACAGCAACAACUUCCACCAAAAUCACCUUUACAAAAAGAGGACGACGACACGCAAAAUGAGGAUCCAAUCGCGGCGUGGCGAGAGGACGGAUGUUCCUUGGAAUACCUACAGGACUAUCUGGAUCAUCCAGAGACAAUUGCCGUCAUGAUCGAUCACAAUACCACAGCCGUGCAGGUAUUGAAUACUAGCAAGUUACAACCCAUGUCACCCAUUACUGUUAUUGGGUCUCAGGAUCUCAUAUUGGAAAAGAAGUUGCCACAUCAAAACAUGCCCGACAGCAACCUUCUGCUUGUCUUGGGAGAUCAUGCCGAUGAAACUCGCGUCGAAGCGAUACAAGAAUACUUGACGCUGAGCUUUAUUCCUCCAGAUGACAACAAAGAUGACGACAAGAAGAAACAAUCCAAAUCCAAACCACCACCACAAGACAACAACAACAAUAUGAUUCGCACCAUUUUCCCCGACCCUCAAAAUCCCACUGCUACAUUGCUGGAUCCACUCGAACAGACUCAAUUUGUCAUUGUACCAAUUAACAAAAAACUGCGACAAAAACAACGUCGCAACUAUGUGUUGGAAGAAUGGAUUGCCACGGCAUUGGCAUUGGGUGUCAUUCCCAUUUUGGAAGAAAAUUCAUGGUAUCGGCAAGUCUUGUCCGAUUUGCCCAUUGUAUGGGUCGAUUCCUAUCUUCAUUUGACACCCGAAUUGUUACAGUUGGAAUGGGAAGGAAUUAUUGUCUUGCAUGGAGUUCAUGGACAUGAAUAUCAAUAUCAUUAUGAACCAUUGACGCAAUCCUAUUGGCUCGAGCAGGCAUUAGAGAAUGUGGGAGCUCAAGGGUGGGUGGUGAAUACUAAUAAAAUGACGCCAGAUGGUGACGACAACAGUCCAAGCGUCAACACCAAGAGGAAAAAGAAGAGGAAACGAGGCAAGAAAAAGAAAUCAACGCAAGAAGAAGGGGAUCAGUAG